UUUGUAUUGAUUGGCAUAUUUUUGGCCGCGACUGCUGAGCCUCCGGGUCAGAGGACCAGUCCUUCAUGUGGACCUAUUGAAGAAAUCUUCUGCCAUUCCCUCUCCCCUUUUCCCCUUAACGGCCACCAUUUGUCUCGCGUCUCCAACUUUUGCAAAGCGAAAGACUGUACAUCCCCGAGUAUCCGCAUAAGGAUGGCCAAAUCCGCCAGGCGAGGCCCCAAGGGCAAGGCCUCAGUUACUUCCUCCGCAACCUCGUCGGGAACUUCCACUCCCAGCUCGCAAAGUGGCCCUAUCCCUCCGUUCGUUCGAGCACCGGAAUCUUUGAAACCGCUCCUCGACUCGCUUUCUCCGCGCGAAGUCUACCUUAUCCACGUCGAUACCUGCCCGGUGGACGUCAAGAAACAAACCUUCAUCGUUCCUUGUGCAAUUAAUGCCAUCGUUGUCGGUCUCCUCGCUUUCCGAGUCUACAUGGUCCGCAACAUGUAUCCCGCCAUGAUAGCAGCGCUGGUCGGGAUGAACAACUCUAUGACGGUGGACACAACGACAAUGGACUGGGCCGAAGUUUUCAUGGUGGCUCUGCGUCGCAUAGGAACAGUUCUUUUUGAUUACUUCCUGUUUACUAUGUUCCUGGCCUGGCCUAUCCGCUUCCUCUUCGGAGCAGUCAGAUGGCGACGCAACAUCGGCUUCCAGCCAUACGAGAUUAUUGUUCGGCGAAGCCAACCUGACAUGACUCAGGGCCUCAAACGUGAUCGCUGGAUCCGUGAAGACGAGGAAACACGAGACAAGAUCGUUGCGGCGGUCACGCCGGAGCGUAUCAGAAAGACGGGAUACCUGCUUAUAGAUCAGGACUUCGACCUCGAUUACAACGCCAUGAUUAAGGCUCACGAGAUGGUUGACAAUCGGAAAUCGGACGAUAAGGUCUCAUUGGAAGAGUUCCGCACGGCAGUUUUGGUGAAUACGGAUGCCCAUGGCUGGUUGAUCUGGCAUGUCGGAGAUGAGAACGAAAGGAGUAACCCCGAUACAAUCAAUAUCCCAGCCGACCCGGCCCGAUCUGCCCAAAGAGACCAGAUCUUGGUGUUUAAGGACAAAUUGACCGCCAUGGGCAAGGAGGACCUUUUCUACCGGUGGGUUGAGUUGGUCCAAUACGAGAGUACCCAGCCGGGCGGGUUCACGCCGGAAAGGCAACAGUCCGCCAUGCUUCAGGUAAAGCAGCUCUUCGAAGAAAACGAUGUCGAUUUCUCCAAGUUCUGGGAGGAUGUGGGUGGGUUGGAGGAGUUCACCGAGCAGCUUGAUUAGUGACUGCAUCUCCGCUUCGU